AUGAUGCCGCGUGCGUACCUCUCCUCCCCGGCUGUCGGCUACCUGUGCCUUCUCCUGUGGGACAUCCAGCCAAUGGCAGUCAUGGAAACGAGCGGCGGGGCGACCGUCAGCCGGCACCCCCCAGUGGUGACCGCCACCAGGGGAGGGUCCGUGGUCCUGCCCUGCCGUAUCCCCAGGGAGUGGACCACCCAAAACUACGGGGUGCAGUGGUACAGGACCCCAGGCCCCGCCGGGGCGCGGGACGAGCCGCGCGGACGGGGGGGGGAGGCGGCCGCCAUAUCCUCCCCCGCUCUCCCGCCGCGGUUCUCCCUCGUGGAGGACGAGGCCUCGCUGCAGAUCGCGCCGGUGGCGGCGGAGGACGCGGGCGUGUACUCCUGCGUCGCGAAAACCUUGGGACAGAGCCCGUACCAGGGGAACGUCACCGAACUUCGAGUCCUGGCGCCCCCUUCAGUCCCGCACCUCUUCCUGCAGGUGCCGCCAGACCUGUGGUCGGGACAGUGGAACCUGUUCUGCGUGACGGGGGGCUUCCACCCAAAUCAGGUCAGACUCAGCUGGACGCAAAAUGGCGCUGAGUCAGAACUGCAGGACUGCACGCCUGGGUCAGCUGAUCCGGGGCCUGUCCAAUCGAACGGCUCGGUUCGGCAGAACCUGACACUGGAGGAGAACGAUGACUCCGCCCCCAAAGUGUGGCUUCCUGUCAGCCUGGUGAUGGAAGUGAAGCCCCGCCCACAUCAGCAGUGUAUCUUCGUGACUGACAGCUCUGGCCGGGGGCCUUAUCUUGUUAGUGUGCUGCCUCUCUCCCUUGGUCCUGCUGCCGGGGUCACCUACACCUGUACAGUCCGUGACCACCCAGCACUACCGACCGCACUGUCUGCCUCCCUCAACUGGGAACCGCCGUCCGGCGAUGCCGUCCGAUGCCUGAACGUCAUUAAAAUUUGCGUCCUCGCCGGAGUCGCCUUGGGAUUCGCCGUUGCAGGCGAGUACACUUCUGCGCGGGACAUAAUGGCGCGUGUACCGCGGGGCUGCUCAGAUUAAAUUCGUGAUCAUAUUAAAUGCCUUUCGCAGCUCUGAACUGGCUGCUUAAGAAGAGGGAGCCUUGUCACCUUUAAGACAGAAAACUACAUUUCAAGAGAGGAACGGACCCUUUAGAAGACCCUUAAGAAGCAGCAACAUCCUCGACACUCAAAACGCCUGAUUUUCAAGACCCGCAACAUUGUUAAGCUCCUUAGCUCCCUCAGUUAUACAGAAAUAUACACAUUCUUGUUGCUUUUAGAUAUUACUAUAUAUAUAUAUUUUUUUUUUUUAAAA